AUGGGCGCUAGAGGCGGCGUUGACAUGGAGGCCCUGUCCCCGAGGGAUGCGAAUGCUCAGCGGGUACCGCGAGUGAAUGAGCUGAAGACUAAGGCAGCAGCUCAGCUCAAGACGGUCAAGGACAAGGAGCAUCCGCCUCCGCCACCAAACAAUGUCGUCGAACCGCCCAGCUCGGACCGUAAAGACGGUGCCGUGUACCAAGUCGGAAAGCUUUUGGGGAAGGGAGGUUUUGCCAUCUGCUACGAGGGCAAGGCGGCAGGGACGUCGAAAAGAGUCGCCCUAAAGAUUGUCAAAAGCCAAAUGCCGACGAAGAUGGAGCAAAAGUUCCAAACGGAACUUCAAAUCCACUCCAAGAUGCGUCACCAGAACAUUGUGCAGUUCCACCGUGCCUUUACGUUCGAAAACUGCACCUACCUAGUCCUGGAACUAUGCCCUAACGGCUCACUUAUGGACAUGGUCAAGCGGCGCAAGGGGCUGACAGAGCCUGAAGUCCGAUUCUACACAGUCCAGAUUGCUGGUGCCAUCAAGUACAUGCACGCAAAAGGAAUCAUUCACAGAGAUCUAAAGAUGGGCAACAUUUUCCUCGACAAACACAUGAACGCAAAAAUCGGGGAUUUUGGCCUUGCUGCCCUGCUUCUUACGGGCAAGGACAUGCAGGUCAUGCGACGGACAACGUUGUGUGGCACGCCGAACUACAUCGCCCCAGAAAUCUUGGAAAAAGGCAAGAAGGGCCAUGACCACAUGGUCGACAUAUGGAGCCUGGGGAUUAUUGUGUUCGCGAUGCUUACUUCCAAGCCUCCAUUCCAAUCCUCCACGACGGACGAGAUUUAUCGCCGCGCGAGAGACCGAGAUUACGAGUGGCCGUCAUCUGAAACCUCGCAAAAGUACAUCAGCCAAGAGGCAAAAGACCUUGUCGCAACCAUGCUCCAGGACGCCGACAGGAGACCAGACCCGGAUGCGAUAGUGGGCCACCCCUUUUUCACCUCUGGAUACAUGCCCAUGGCUUCGGAUAUCACAUACAAGUUGCGAGAUCUUGCACCCGAAAACCCCGCUUUUUACGAACCCCUUGCCAACUCGAAGAUGGAAGCAAUCAACCUUCGGAACGUCCAGGAGAUGUGCCGAGAAUGCGGUGUCGGGCCGUGGUCGCAAACACAGUUGGUGUUCAAGAAUAUCUGGAGGGAAAUGGCGGAGGAAGAGCAGAACGGUCUAACACCGGUCAUUCCGCUGGCUGAGGGCGUCGUCUAUCGGCCGUUUGACGAAAUCAAGAAUGAGCAGAGACUCCAGGCUCGGCUCGCAGCACAACAAACGACCCAACAGACUUUACAGCUUGCCGACAGAACCGAGGAGCUUAGCAGCUUCAGUCAGAGUAUCCAGGUGCCUCAGGUCCCGCAAGUCCCGAAGGCGCCACCAGGUCUGCUUCGUGCUCCGCCGCAGAGCUUCGCAGCUCAGCAGAGAGCGCAACACAGGCCAGCCAAUACGGCAGGUAUCUCCAGGGCGCAAACCGUUACUGAGCCCGCGUCUAGACAGAUGAACAGUCUGCGGUCAAGACAAACACGAGAGGCGCCGGCAUCUACCGGGCAAACUGAGGCUGUUCCGAACCCAAAGGGCACAUCACGGAGCCUUCGCAGCCAGGCCACGUCUACAAGGAGCCAGACGUCUGUGGGUGCGGAACAAGGCGCUCCCCAAAGGCGGCCGUCCGCCUCAACGAGGCAGAAGGCUCAAGAGGAGAAGCUGUCUCUGUUUAGCCCGUCGGAGUACCAGGAAGUGGUCCCAGGCACCAGGCCGGAUGUUGUACUAGACCGCCUCCGCAAGCUGCAAGCUGAACUCGAGAGGGCCCUCAAUUCUCGCAGCAUGGCAAUCUUGUCCUCCAGGGAGAAGACGCCGUCGCCACCUCAGAUUGUAGUGAAAUGGGUUGACUACACCAACAAGUUUGGUUUGGGCUACAUAUUGAACGACGGGAGCGUCGGCUGCAUUCUCCGAAGUAUCCCGGCGCAGGAUGGAUCCAAGUCUGGCAUGUUGCCUCCUGCCUGCUUGUUGGUGCACGGGGCAGAACGGCACUGCCAGCGCAAGGACGAGCCGGGCUACAGGGACAGGCACCAGAUCGUGCCCAUGAACGAAGGGAUCUAUUUUUACGAGAACAAUGGCGAGGACGGCAUCUCCCGCGUCCGAGUCGCGCCAGAAAGCUUUGUUGUGCCGCUUAACCCAGAUGGCACGGUUGGGAAGCUGUCCGCUGGGAAGGAUAUCUAUGACCACCGCAAGCGGGAGAGAAUUGUGUUGUGGAAAAAGUUCGCCAACUACAUGAUAACCUACGGGCGGGAGAUGGAGGGCCCUGGACAGACGGAGGAUGCGCCCAUGCGGGUUCCCACCAUUACAGAUCUAGCAUCUGCGCCCAGUGACGUUGUAACCUUUUAUCAGCGUUUUGGCGACGUCGGCUGCUGGAUGUUCUGUGACGGGCAUAUGCAGUUCAACUUCCCUGACCACACCAAAAUCGUCCUCGACGCAACCGGGACGUGGUGCCACUUCUGGCACUUGCCGCAGGACGCGGCCAAGCGUUUACAAGAGACCGGUUCCCUCGCGGAGUCGGCUCUCGACGACCGGGCGGUUCUCUCCUACCCUCUCCAAACCCUCUUAAACUUUUCCACAGUCCCCAAAAACACGAGCAACCCGACCCGCCGCCGCCCGGAAAUCAGCCCGGAACUGCAGGGCAUCCCCGCGGCGAACCACUUCCGGCAAAAAAUUGAGUUCAUCCGCGACAUUGUGCGCGAGUGGAACGCCAACGGCGGCAUCGGCAACAGCGACAUGAGCCGCGAGCGGCGCCUGCGGUGGACGGGCAUGCGCGAGACACGCAAUGUCCAGAUUCCUGCGAAACAUGUCUGGGUCACCAUCGGAGCGCGCCGCGGGGAUGAGCGCCUGUCGGCGUAUGUUGAUCCGAGGAGGCCGAGUGAGAUUGGGCCGGAUAUUGAUGAGACGAGGAAGCGGAGCUGA